UAUUAUUAAUUAUUAUUAAUUUGUAUUUUAUUGUUUUUUAUUUUAUUUUAUUUUAUUUAUUUAUUUAUUUUUUCCUGCCAAUCUACUGCUCCACACUCCAGUCCAGUAGGUGAUGGUAAUGCACCAAAUCGUUGUUUGCCAACCACCAAUGUAGCUCAAAGAAGAAGAAGAUAACCAACAGUGAACUCUUCUCUUCUCUGCAGCAUGUCUUCAGGAAGACCAGCUUGACUAUUUUCUGUCAUUUUGACCAGAAAGUGACUUUUUGUAGUUGGUGCUGCAGCCUUUAACCUUUAACCUUUGACCUCUAACCAGCAUGGAUGAGAACACUUUAAAGCAGCUGGUGAAGCUCACUCAGGAUGGACAGGUUGACUCUCUGCAGAGACUGAUGAGCAGCUCUGAGGUUCAGUCUGUCAGCAGGAGACACUUCGGUCGGUCUGGGGACACCCUGCUGCACUAUGCUGCCAGGAGAGGACACCUGGACAUGCUGCAGUAUCUCAUAAAGCAGGUGUGCAUGGAUGUGGAGCUGCACAACAACGACUACAAGAGGCCUCUGCACAAAGCUGCUUCCAUGAGCCACCAGGCCUGUGUUAGCUACCUGCUGCAGGAAGGAGCCAACGUGGACAGUCUGAAGAAAGCUGACUGCUGAACCUCAUCAUGCAGCAGACAACAUCACACAUCCCCAGAGACUCAGGGGGCUUUGUGAGGAUGCUUGAAGACGAGGCUUUCUGUGUUUUCCUGACAUUGUUCCAUAAGAUCAUGCCACAGGUGGACAUGCUUUUCAACCAGCUGCAGAAGAGGAACAUGGACCCUGUCUUCAUCAGAGCACUGGUCCAGAGGUUCACAGACAGCAUGCUAACCAUCAGAUAAAUAACUCCCAGAUAUUUACUAUUAGCUGAUAAAGCUGUUGUUAGAAAGAUGAGUUGCUCACUUCCAACAGUCUGUAAAAGCCUGAAUGUGCCUUGUCAUCAAAGUGAAUGAACAUCAUAGAAAAGCACAUCACAAUAAUAUCUGUUUAGAAGUUUAAAAAGGAAAGAGACAAUCAGAGUUGGAUAAUAAUGCAGGUAAAGUAGUUAUUAAACACAAUCCACCAGGUCAGCUUCUAGAAGAGGCCUAGUUGUUAUUGAAGAUGAAUUUAAUUGUUAUGCAGACUAUACGCAGGCUAAAUGCACAGCAGAAUAACACUACAUUGCAUCUGGAUCAUGAAUGUAAUAUAAAAAAAGUGAAUUA